AUGGAUUUCAUGAAGGUCAUCGAUCAAACUGUUCGUGAAAUAAAGAGGGAGGUGAAUUUGAAAGUCCUGAAGGUUCCUGAGAUCGAACAAAAGGUAUUGGAUGCGACAGAUGAUGAACCUUGGGGUCCGCAUGGUACUGCAUUGGCAGAAAUAGCCCAGGCCACCAAAAAGUUCUCUGAAUGUCAGAUGGUUAUGAAUGUCCUUUGGGUAAGAUUGAGUGAAACUGGCCGUACUUGGCGUUAUGUCUACAAGGCAUUGGCUGUCAUUGAGUAUUUGGUGGCCCAUGGAUCAGAACGUGCAGUUGAUGACAUAAUAGAACAUACUUUCCAGAUCUCAUCUCUCGCAAGUUUUGAAUAUGUUGAGCCAAGUGGGAAGGAUCAGGGAGUCAAUGUGAGGAAGAAGGCAGAAAACAUCGUGUCUCUUUUGAAUAAUAAAGAUAAGAUACAAGAAGUUAGAAAUAAAGCUGCUGCAAAUCGUGAGAAGUACUUUGGACUUUCAUCGUCUGGAAUAACAUACAAGUCAGGUUCGGCCUCAUCUAGUAGCAGCAGCUUUCAGAGUAGCGAUCGGUAUGGAGGCUUUGGAAGUACAAAAGAUGAUGAUACGUUUGGGGAUAGUUAUAAAGAUAGGGAUAGAUUUGGUGGGGAUAAGUUUGACAACGGUACUUCUGCCAAGUCACGUCGAGGUCUUACCAACGAUAAUCAAGGAAACUCCUUGAGGAAGGGGUCUUCUCGUUAUGGCAGAAUGUUUCUCAGCAAGGUUCAAGAUACUUUGGCAGCUGAUGCAUCAAAGCCAACUCCAAAGGCAAUUAAUUCUGAUAAGAAUGCUUCAAUUCCAGCACAAAGUUCUAAUGUGCCUGCAAACAAUUAUGAGGACGAUUUUGAUGAUUUUGAUCCACGAGGAACUUCCACUGCUAAGCCAGAUGCUGGAAGCCCUAAUCCAGUGGAUUUAUUUGGACAAAGUUUGGUUGGUGACUUGUUGGAUGUGCCAGCAUCAGUUCCCACAGAAAUGGCUUCAGUGAAUGGUAAUUCACCAGAGGUUGAUUUGUUUGCGGAUGCCACUUUUGUAUCAGCACCAUCCCACGUAGAAGCUGGGAAAAGUUUUGAGGCUCAGGCCAAGGUUGAUCUAUUUGCCUCCCAACCUGCCUCUUCUUCUGCAGCUUCUUCAACAGUCGACUUUUUUACUGUUCCUGAAUCAGUUGUUCAACCUGCGAAUAAAUCUUUAGAAUCUGACCCAAUGGCGAUUAACACGAUUGAUCCAUUUGCUGCUGUUCCACUUAACAAUUUUGAUGGAUCAGGUCUUUUUGGUGCAUUCACUUCGAAUACUGAUUCAGUAUCUACGGAGCCCACACAAAAUUCUGGCAAUGAUGGCAACCGUAGUAUCUUGAAUGGGAAGUCUUCAGUCGAAUCUAAGCCUUCACCGAAGAAAGAUUCUUUCCAAGUCAAAUCUGGAAUAUGGGCCGAUUCUCUGAGCCGUGGACUAAUUGAUCUUAACAUAGCUGCACUCAAGAAGGUAAAUCUAGCAGAUGUUGGCGUCGUGGGGGGUUUGACCAAUGGAUCAGAUGAAAAGGAUAAAGCACCUCCAACUUCAUUUUACAUGGGCAGAGCUAUGGGUGCAGGAUCUGGGCUUAGUAGAUCUGGGUUCACGUCAACGACAGCAGGUGGAGGAGAUGAUCUCUUCUCAAGCUUUGGCAGCCAACAGUACCAAUUUGGUAACUCCGGGAAAUAA